GCCGCUGCACAUGGAGGGAAUGACGCCACGUUGACAUCAGUCAGUGUUUUUACUCGCCGCUUGAUAAACUAGACCCGAAUCUUCAUUUCACGGUGAAUAACGGUGGAGGUGUGUGAUCAUCAGGAUGAGUGUGGGCUUCAUUGGAGCGGGUCAGCUGGCACAUGCCCUGGUCAAGGGCUUCACAGCCGCGGGAGUCAUUGCUGCAAACCGAAUCACAGCGAGUUCUCCGGACACAGAUCUGCCCACGGUCUCCGGCCUGCGGAAAAUGGGCGUCAGUUUGACGACGAGCAACAAGGAAGCCGCGCACCAGAGUGACGUCCUGUUCCUGGCGGUGAAGCCGCACAUCAUCCCGUUCGUUCUGGACGAGAUCGGCCCGGAUAUCGAGGACCGACACCUGAUCGUCUCCUGUGCAGCUGGAGUCACUAUCAGCUCCAUCGAGAAGAAGCUGCUCCAGUACCGCGCGGCUCCUAAAGUGAUGCGCUGCAUGACGAACACGCCGGUGGUGGUGCGCGAGGGAGCGACGGUUUACGCCACCGGGACUCACGCGGAUCUGGAGGACGGGAAGCUCCUGGAGACGCUCAUGGGGAGCGUCGGGUUCUGCACCGAAGUGGAGGAGGAUCUGAUCGACGCGGUGACCGGCCUCAGCGGGAGCGGACCUGCUUACGCGUUCACGGCUCUGGACGCUCUGGCUGACGGGGGGGUGAAGAUGGGGUUGCCACGGAGACUGGCGGUGCGACUGGGAGCACAAGCUUUACUGGGUGCUGCUAAAAUGCUGCUGGACUCGGAGCAGCACCCGGGGCAGCUGAAGGAUAACGUGUGCUCACCAGGGGGCGCCACCAUCCACGCACUGCACUUCCUGGAGAGCGGAGGCUUCCGGAGUCUCCUCAUCAACGCCGUGGAGGCGUCCUGCAUCCGAACCCGGGAGCUGCAGUUUCUGGCGGAUCAGGAGAAGAUCUCGCCGGCUGCCAUCAAGAAGACGACGCUGGAUAAAGUUCUGCAACAGCCGGGCGUCUCGUCCACAUCUGUGGGAACCAAGAGCAGAGUAAACCUGUUCAACAACCGGAGCGGAAAGAAGAGCUGAACACGACGGUCUGAUCUCUCACAGGACGAUACAAGAUAAUGGCAUCCGUCCACACACACACACACACACACACACACACACACACACACACACACAAUCACUCAGACUGAAGCUGAAGCGCAUCAUGAUGUUACACUAUUACAUGUCAUUACAGAGUCAUUUUUUGCUAUAUCUCUAAAGGAAGUAAAAAACAGGUUUUAUAUCAAUAGUCACUUUACCAUCAUUUGCACACAAACCUUCAGACCUGUUGAUUUUGCUGUUA